UUCUAGACCACCCUCUAAAUGCUCAACAAGAUGCCUGUGAAGCUUGGCAUUAAUUUAGUAAAUUGGUAACUGGUCGCAUGGUUAUCUAGACAUUGUAGGUGCAAUGUAUGCUGAAGCAUCACGUUCUCUUCCACGGCAGAUCCUCACCCAAUCUGUUCCACACAGCAUCAAUCCAUGUACGUGGUAGGAGACGGAUCUACUGGAUUAUGGCCUGGUGCGGUAACUGCGGAUACAGCCUAUCCUGUAGUGUUGCUCACUGGGUACAACUCUUUUUGCAUUAAUGGAAAUAUUACCCACGAGAUGCUGGCGUAUUAUAAUCCAGGACAUGGAUAGCUGCAUAUGCGUAUGCAUCUCCUUAUGCAAGCACGGACGGGGCAGGUGCUGUCUGGAGGGAUGGAACAGGAACAAGACAAAGAGGCUUUGCGUACCAAUGUCUCCAAAACUUGCUUUUUCUUUAUUAAUUUAUAUUAAAUAUAUCUAUAUGUGCAUCCGGAUAUAUGUCGAGGUGUGUCUGUGUGCAUGAGAAUUAUCAUGCACCUACAUAUGCAUGCAUUCUGCACUUCAAGUAUGGAUGGCAAUGCGUUGGGAGGACGGAGGGAUUAGGUUCCUGACAGUGAGCGAUACUCUGCCUCACAUCCUUCAAGAUCAACCGUCGGGAUCUAGUGCAUUGUUUAUUGGGCUACCGGGAUAGCCUGGCGGAUGAUAUCAUGGAGGUCACUGGGCUCUUUUAGGUUCUGACAUUGCAUUCCACCCCUCUCCGAUAUACCGUAUUCGAAUCCACUGGCUAUUUCUUUCACAUACUAUCGGACGUCGGCAGUCCCAUUGCAUAUCACCUUAGCGGAAGCCCGCGUUCUGAGGGAAUCAAUCUAGUCCGAAGAGACUGUCAUCAAAACAAACGGAAUUCGAGUUAGACUAAAGAUUUCCUCCGCAUGCAGUUGGUAAGUCCUAGCACCACGGUGUCUUCCCCACAGGAUAUAUCCCCUAUUGCCCCUGUUGGCUGGUCAAUAGGAUAUUGAAGGUAGUUCCUGUAGUGGAUACCUGACAUUUAUCCAUGAAUGUCAGAUCUGACAAAGGAGGUAUCUUUCGCAAGAAAGUACUUCAGACAUUGUGCUACAUACCGCUAGGUAUUACUGUAACUUAAAG